GGCUCGAUUCGCGUUCGCUGCCGACUCCAUCGAUCGAAUUCUUAUAGCCUGCGUCGUUCUGAGAAACCCUAGACAUCGCGUGAAGGGUGGCCGAAAGACACCGGAAAAUUGAGGCGCUUCGUUUCUAUUUUUCUUUAGGGAUAUUUGCCAGUUUGAAGUAUGAGGACAAGAAACGCCGGUGCCGCGAAAGCUGGGGCCACCAAGAAGACGCCUACCCCGAAGAAAGAUGCUGCUGCCGCCGCCGACGCCGCCGAGAGGACCCCGGAAGUGGCAACGAAAUCUACCCCGAAAUCAGGAGCCAAGACCGCGAAGGUGGCCGGAAAACAGUCCGCGAGCAGAGCCGCUGCCUCUGCCCCGGUCACCGUGACCCCUGAUCCUAAGCAGGGUUCUGAAGUUGAGGAGGCGGCUACACCUGCAGUUGAGAAGAAACCAGCUGCAGCCUAUGCAAAGAAGUCUGUCGGUGGAAAGGGGAAAACACCUCUGGCUCAGAAGGCUGCUGCAGCAGAUCCUCCCAAGGUGGAGGUUGUGGAAGAGCCGGCCAUAAAAGUUGAAGCCAAGGAGAGUGAGGAUGAGGUGGAGGAGGAGAAUGAGCUGAAGCAUGACGUGGAAGUCGCAGGUGUGAAGGACACUGGGGGUGACAAUUCUGAAAAAAUUGAAGAAGAUCCUGCUGAUGCGGGCCAGCAGAUGGAGGAAGAGGUAGAGCCGGUGGAGUUUGAGGAGCCUGUUGAAGAGGAAUUUAUGGGUACGGAAGAGAACAUAGGAGGUGUGGAAGGGGAGGAAGCUAGUGUCGGGAUGGAAGAGGAGGAAGAUCCUCGGGUUGACGAGGACGAGCAGAUUCUAAUAUCAGACAUGGCUAAGAGGAGGAAGAUGAAGAAGGAGCAGGAGAUAUUUGUCGGGGGACUAGAUCGAGAUGCUAUGGAGGAGGAUUUGAAAAUGACCUUUGAGAAGGUUGGGGAAGUUGUUGAGGUCCGUCUCCACAAGGAUUUUGUAACCAAUAAGAACAAGGGAUUUGCAUUUGUAAAGUUUGCCAACAAGGAGCAGGCUGCUCGAGCACUCAUUGAAUUGAAAAAUCCUAUGAUUCGUGGAAAACGUUGUGGCAUUGCACCAAGCGAGGACAAUGACACAUUAUUCUUGGGGAACAUUUGCAACACAUGGACAAAAGAAGCUAUUAAGCAGAAGCUAAAGGAUUAUGACGUAGAGGGAGUUGAACAUAUUACUCUUGUUCUGGACACCCAGAAUGACGGUCUAAGUCGUGGGUUUGCUUUCCUGGAAUUCUCUUGCCAUCAGGAUGCGAUGCUAGCUUAUAAACGGCUCCAAAAGCCUGAUGUUAUAUUUGGCCACCCCGAGAGGACAGCCAAAGUGGCUUUUGCAGAGCCACUGCGUGAGCCAGAUCCCGAAGUCAUGGCUCAGGUUAAAUCAGUCUUUGUUGAUGGGUUGCCACCAUUUUGGGAUGAGGAUAGGGUCAAAGAACAAUUUAAAGGCUAUGGAGAGAUUGAGCGUGUUGUGCUGGCACGAAACAUGUCAACUGCCAAAAGGAAGGAUUUUGGAUUUGUUAACUUUACAACUCAUGAAGCAGCUGUUACUUGUGUUGAAGGUAUAAAUGACACCGAACUGGGUGAUGGGAAGUCCAAGAUGAAAGUAAGAGCAAGGCUUGCAAAUCCACUGCCCAAAACUCAAGCUGUAAAAGGUGGGAUGAGCGGUGGUUACCGUAUUGGAUACACUGGUGUUGGAGUUUACUCUAGGUUUGGUAGAGGUUUUGGAAGGGGUAGAUUUCCUUCAUUCAGAGCAGGGUUUCAGGGUGGAAGGGGUUUCAAUUUUCGUGGACGUGGUAGAGGUGGAAGGUUUUCUUUUGCUGCUGAUAGUGGCAUGGAAGGCUCUUCUACUGAGUUUCAGUUCAGGAGGCCCUUUGGAGGUCGAGGAGGUAGGGGGUUUUUUUUUCCAGGAAGACAAGGUGCUUUCAGAGGGCGAGGGCAACCCUUCUCAUCUAGAAGACCACCGUUUCAACCAGAGGAGGAGUUUGGUAGACCUUUCAGUGGUCGGUAUGUAGGUGAAGAACCUUAUUUCUAUGGGGAUGCAGGACGUGGUAUCAAACGACCAUUCUCUAUGAUGGAUCAUGAUUCUGGAUACAUGGAACCUGGGAGUAGGGUUCGCCCUCGAUAUGAUCAUCCUGAUCCACUGCCCGGUGCAUCUCGUUAUAGAGGUUCUUUCAGUGAUUCAUUUGGAAUGAGUGGCUUGUAUUCACGUGAUUAUUAUGGCUCGGAUUACGGUGGUGGCACUUAUUCAUCGUACGGAGGUCCACACUCUGGGGGCGGCUAUUACUACUAGAUGUAAUUUGAAGAUGCUGGUUUGAUCAUGGAAAGGCACUGUUUCUAAGAUGGCAAUCUUAGUUUAGUUGCUGCUUAUUAACUUCAUAAACUGUCUAUUUUGGUUGUUGGCUAGAAAUUUUAUUGUUGUCUUGGCUUUGUUUGUUACCUUGGGAAACUAUUAAGUAGAUUUUUGGUUCUUAUGCUAAGAUCAUAAUGGAUAGCCUUCUGAUGAAUUCGAUCAGAGAGUAUCAUGUUUGCAAUUGAAUGGUCUAAUAAGUAGUUGUGUUGAAGUCAACAACGAGAUGGGAUCUAUGAUUUCACAGAUAUAAGUUUGUCCGAUUGGUGAUUCAUAUUUUGAUCUGUUAUGUUGAAUCCUGAAGAGAUUUUUUGGGAUAAACAUCAUUUUCAGAUAUCUUUUUGAUUUUUACAAGAAGGCGUGGUUUUGAUAUUUGCUUCAAUUGAGUAUGAAGCUGAUGUGGAUAAGCAUGUUUGGUUUAUAAAAUAACUUGCUACGAACCUGAGUUUAAGCUUUCAGAUCCAACACCGCUUUUCUUCAAUGAAUAUGAAAUGGAGGGAUAAAUUGUUGAUCUUGUCUUUUUGAUUGGCCAAAUUAAUGAACAUGAUAGAUCUAUCAGGGAUCCUAAGGUCGUCACCAAUGUUGUUCAUUUUGCAUGGAAGUGGCUGAAUUUCUACUCAGUGUUGUAAGGAUCCUGUUAGCUUUUGAGGCAGUGAAACGUUUUGCUGAUGAGAAUCUUACUUGUGCCUUCCAUGAAGUGACUUGAUGGAUAUUUUUGGUUAAAUUGGAAGAUAUUCAUACUAGUUUGUAAUUGGCUUUUCUGAUAAUCUACCUACCUUGUGGCAGUGAGUCUCAGAAAAAUAAGAAUGUUGUAUGAUGGAAAUUUUCUUAAUCAGGGGCCACUAGGAUGCAGACCUUGUGGCAGUGAGUCUCAGAAAAAUAAGAAUGUUGUAUGAUGGAAAUUUUCUUAAUCAGGGGCCACUAGGAUGCAGACCUUGUGGUGAUUUUGGUAUUUUUACCUGGUAUUCACCCAUUGAUUUGGUUUAUUUGAUGGACAUAAUUAUUGAAUGUUGCAGAUCUUUUUGACUUUUGUUGGGCUUGAUGGCUGUUCAUGAAAUCAUGAUUGCUCUCAUGGCAUACAUUUAAGGGCUUAAUUUUGUAUAUAAUAAGAUUAGCACAUUUUGGCCAUCAUGACGUAUGUUAAGGGCUUAAUUUAUAAGGGGAGUUGGUCAAAUUGAUUUGCUUAAUGUCUCUGCUGAUCUUUUAGCUGAUGCCAGCAAAAGGAAAAGGUGGGAGGUUUCAGGGUUCUUGGUGACAGUGGAGAUUAAUAUUACUAAUGGCCAUAGGUUACUGCAUAAAUAUUCUGAAUUGUUUUUUUUUUGUGUUUCAGUUUCACUUUUGCAGAACUUCUCUUGAUUUUCAAUAUGUCAUGUUCAUAACAACUAUUUUAUUUAGGCUGAUAUUUUAGUUUAUUUUGAUUGUCAACAUUUUGCGGUUUCCUAGAAAGUGCGGUUUCCUAGAAAGUUGAUUAGUAUGUGAUUUACUUUUUUUAUUAGAAUGGUUGCUUUUUUAUUUGCAUGUUUAGACUAAAAGUUAUAGGAGACUUUUGAAUUUAAUACACUGAUAAUCAUGAUAAGUUUAGGAGUCUUUGGGCUAUUUAAUGCUUAAAAUAUAAGAGACAAACUAAUUCUCAAUUUUCACUACCGGUCUCAAUAGAAAAUCAGGAAAAAUCCUGAAUGAAAAUACUAUAAGCAACUCAAGGUAUAAAUUGGUGACAAUGGUAGUGGUCAAGGGUCAUUUUUUCGGGUACUGAGCCUGUUUCAGUGAUCUGGUUAGAUCAGUAUACCAGUCAAUAUCGGUAUACUGUGUGUUGGUACACUGGUACGCAUCGAUGUUUCGGAGAGGAAGAAAAAAAAAAAAGAAGAGGAAGGGUUGAUGGAGGAAGAGGAAGAAGUGGUGGUGGAGGAGAAGGAAGAAGACAAGAGGUGGGAGUAUACCUAGGAAGAAAAAGGAAUGUGGCAGUGUCGGCAUUGGUAGUGGCAUCGUGAAGUAGUGGCGAUGGCAGUGGUGUUGCAAAGUGGUGGCAGCAGCAGUGUUGAACGCGACACGAGCCCUAGUUUCUAUUUUUAGGGUUUUUUUUCUUCUUUUUUUAAUACUGAGUUGGAUGGACCCCAUUGUUAUUUUAAUUCUUUUUAUUUUUUGAGUUGGACCGGGCUGCCCGAAACAUUGGUCUGCAUACCGGUUCAUGCUCGGAUCAGUAUGUAUUGCCCAAUUUUGUACCAUUUCGGGCAGUACAACAAUCCUUGAUGGUGGUGCUGGCUACUAUUGUCAGGUUGGACAUUGUUGUAUUUAUGGCAAUAGUUUAAAGGUAUUGUGCUGAGUGUGUAGCUUUUGUGGUUGCAGUGACAUGUUUAGAUCUUAAUGAACAUUCGUUCAGAUAAGAAUGAGAUGUUUUUGGGAGGUUAUGAACCACUAAAAUUUAUAUAUUGUGGGAACUUGCAUAUAAAAAGGGUCUAGAUAAUAUCUGUCCUACUGCAUCGAUUGUUCUCUUUUCAAAAGACAAGCCAAAAUUGGUGGUUCUGCGAAUAUAGCUGUCAGCAUAUGCUGUGAUGCAUGAUUACUUUUUCAACUGCUUAGAAUUUUGACAAAGAAACCACAAAGCCAUUGUGCAACAAAAAUGAAACUUGACAUUAUCAAAUUGUUGGAAUCUGCUUCUGGACAUUUUUUUUAGAUAUAUAGAUCAUCAUGUGAUCAAAAUUUGUUCCAAGUGGUUGUUAGGCUUGGAAUUUGUAUAUACUUGAUAGACUGUUCUUUGAGCUGAUCUUAUUUUGAUAUACAUACGUAUAAUGUUGUUAUUUAUGUUCUUAGAGGCCCUUUUGGUCUUUAUUUUAAAUCUAAACAAACUAGUCAUCUAUGGUCAAUAAUAGGAGGUUUUAUGCCAAGCAUAGCUGAACAAUCUAUAAAGCCUUGCCUGCAGAUAAAGUAGGAUUUACCUGUAAGAAGUUGAGUCUUAGAGAUCAAGUUCGUGAGGUAUUCAUCUUCAAUGAGUUGAUAAUGUCAUGGAUAUUGCAUCUACUAAGCUAUUUAUGAUUGUGAACUUUGUGAUGUAUGACAUUUGUGGUCUAUAGUAGAUCUAACCAGAAAUUCAAGGUAGUUGCAAAUGUGAAAGAUGUUAGCUUUAAUUAAUUGAGUUUUCACAUUUCCUAUAUGGAGCUGUUGGUGAACAAACAAUAAUGUAGGUUGAUACUAAUCAAUUUUGACAGUUGAUAGAUGUUUUGAUUUGUUUGUUGAACUUUUUUUGCUUCCUCUUUUUUCUUCUCUCCUUUGGGGUUGUCCCCUGAUAUCAAUCAUGUCCCAGUUGUUUUAUGCUUGAAUAGUGUUAGUAAUUCUUUGACACUAGAAAUUAUCUAAGUGUUCUGUGGUCUGUUAAUUGAUGCCACUUAAACUUUAUAUUUGAUUUACAUUGGGACCCAAAUAAUAGAACACGAAUCCAACACUUUAGAAGUUAAGCAUAUUUUAUCUUCAAGUAGUCUGUUUGAUCAAGUUUAUUUAUAGACUAGUUAUAUGAUGUUAUGAUGAAACAUGUAAACAAAGUUUAUGCUAUUCGAUUCUCAUACCAAGACGGGAUUCUGCAUUAUGUAUUUUAUAGAAUUUCAAUUUUAUCUUUGUUGACAUCAGUGAGUUCUUCGAUCUUGAAAAUUAUGGUAUAGCUGUCUUUGUUGUGUUCUUUUCUUCAUAGGAUUAAUGGUUCUUUUUUUGGCCGAUGAAAACUCCUCCAAGUAAAUCUUGGAACUUCUUUUACUUUCACUUAAUGGCUUAUAUUCUGAAACCUCAAGCAGGUAGUAUUUGAAUUUUUCUAUCUUGGGCAGAAUAGCUUUGAUUCUCUUCUUAAUCUAUUCCCAUUCUUGUGUUUGGACAUCUAUUUUACUUCUUUCUUGCAAGUAGUUAUUGUACCAGGAAUUCAGUGCCUGUUAUUGUUUUACAGAAAUUUAUUGUUUAGAGAAUAGCUCGAGCCUGACCUUUUUUUUGUCAUUUUAUUAUGGAAGCUUUUUAUUUAGACCAUCAAAGACAUGGAGGAAAGAGACAUUAUAUCCUCUGUAUCCUUUUUUUCCUUGAUGAAUAUGACUUUCUAUGUUCACAUAUAUACAUAUGUUAUACGCUUUUAUCAAUAUAUGUUUAUAUAUCUUUGUAGCAGGAACCUUGUAUAAGUCUUGUGGCACUCAUCAGAAAUGUCAACAGUUAAUAGUUAAAGGAUCUGUGAUCCUUAAUUCUGGUAGUUAUUUUUUUUUAUUGUUUGGAAUGGAGAUCAUAUCCAUCUUGAGUACUAUUCUUUAUAUUGGAAACCUCUUGCAAAUAGAAUCAGUAUGCCUAAUUUUAUGUUA